AUGCAUCAGAGCCUUCAUGUUAAGUUUGAGUUAGAUAUUAAGGAUGAAGUGACUGAGCUGUGUAAUGGGACUGUGUUAAUGGAGUGUUUAUGGCCAGAGCCAGAGAAGUGGGUGCUGGCAGCUGUGCUGGGACUGGAGAUGAUCAUGGGGGUUGUGGGAAACUGUUUUGUUCUGCUGGUCAAAGUCAUGUGCAGGGGUCAGUUCUGCUGUCAUUACUGGCUUCCUUUCAUCAGUCUCACCUUGUCAGAUUUAGGCUGCUCCCUUCUCAUCAUCUCUGGCUCCCUGUUGGCCAUUCUGACUGGGGGUCAGAGUUCACCGUGGUGUGAGGUCGUCAGCCUGCUGAAGUUUGCCUUCAUCACCUCCUCCAUAGGGAGUAUAGCUAUCCUCUGUGUGCAGCGGCUGAUUGGCAGAGCCUCCACAGGAAGUCCUAUCUUUGUUGUUAUGGUGACAGCGUGCUCGGCCUCUUGGGUGACAGGGGUGGUGUUUGGGAGCGUCCCUGUCGUCUACGCUUGGAUCAGGUAUGACAAUGCAGAGAUGCUGUGUGCUGUCUUUUGGGAGAGCAGCUACUCAGACAUGUUGGUCUACAUUCUCUGUGCUUUCUCCAUCUGUAUCUUCCUCCCCUUCCUCCUCAUCUGCUUCUCCUCUCUGCUGAACGCCGCCGGCUGCUGCUCGAGAGGCAACAGUGAUGAUGAAGCAGAUCUGUCUGAAGUCACUCCUCUGCUGGUAGCCUCCUACAUGCUCUGCUACACUCCCUUUGUUAUGUCUGAGCUGAUCCUGCUGGGUAGGCUGGACCUGUCGCCAGCACCUCAGUGGUUAAGGACGGUGUCGUCAGUGAUGUCGUACCUGGACUGUGGUCUGAACCCUCUCAUCUACUGCUCCCACCAGGACUUCAGGGAGGCAGGCCUGGCCCUGCUGUGGACCAACAAGAGACCACCAUCAGAGCCUGUCCUCACUGCUAUCACUAAACAUGAGCUGUAA